AUGUCGGGCAAGGCAUCUUCGUUUAAUUUGACCCUGAUCGACGCCUAUUAUCAACAUCCGAUGCUCUAUGAUAACAGACAUCGCGAUUACAAAGUCCAGAAUCCGACCAAAGAGGCCUGGUUGGAGGUAUCCCGAAUCUGCAGUUCGACGCGUAAGUGCAGAUUUAUCCGGUGUUCCAUAUCCAUUUGUUUUUUUUUUUUGUUACGAACAGAAAAGCGAUAUGAAAUGAGCCCCCAUUUUGUAAAAGAAAUCGCACUUUGCGAGUCAUAAAACGAAAGUUUAAUGGGUAAUCUAAUUAGCCAACUGUUUCUGUAACGGCUCUCUCUUCAGCGGACGAAUGCAGAGCGCGAUGGAAGGCGUUGAGGGAUCGGUUCAUCAAGGAACGCAAGAAAAAGAAUGCCAAUUCGUUGUACAAAGCAGCAUGGCCGUUGUACCACAAGAUGGAAUUCCUGGAGCCAUUCAUCGAGCAUGCGUAAGGAGAUCAAGAUUUUUGAUUAUUCUAAAAUUUUAAUAUUUAAAAAAUGGAAUUUGGUCUAAUCGGAGCUUGUUUUAGUCACAAGAAGGAUGUCCGGAUGAUGAGAGCGCAUGCUUUGAAUGAUCUCCCCAGAAGGACAAUCGAAAAUGUGGUCGCUUUACUGGUCCGCGAAGCUCAAGGAAAUGCGAUGACUUCACAACAGACGCCAAGUAUGGAAGUGGAUACUAAGAUCCCACUAACGACUGCGUUGAACAUUAAUCCUGAAUCUUCAGAAGUCACUGUUCAAGAGUGAGUUUGUCUUAAAUUUAAAUAUUCAAUUUUUUUUGUCAAGUUUGACCUUUUUUUACGUUUUAGGGAUGGACAUGAACUGGAGAAGUUCUAUUUGCGACUAAUUAGGGAGGUAAAACAGCAUCAAUUAUUGUUCGAUUCCUCGAAUUCGCUGUAUAGGGUUACAGCGGCAAGGAAUCGUGUUUGGGAAGAGAUUGCGCAGACAUUUGGAGAAGGAUAUACAGGUAUGAAUAGUAAUCUUCAAGUCUAAUAUAAAAAAUUUUAACGACGUAAAAUGCAGAAUUUGAAAUACUUAUAACUAUAUUAUUUUAGCCAGUGAAUUGCGAACAAAAUGGCGAUCAAUCCGCGAUCGCUAUAUCCGAGAGCGUCGCCUUUACAAAGAGUCGAUUCAAGAAGGAAAACCCCGUUUCCCCAAGUGGUCGUUGUAUCCCGAGUUUUCUUUCCUCGAUUAUUAUGUCGACCAAUCCUUCCCUAGGCCAUAUGUCCAUCAAGAAGGCCAUGAUAAUGAUUCGAUUCACUCGGGAGAGAAUCAAAUGCAUGUGGAUACAGAGGAACAGGCGUCUCCAUCUUCAUCUUCGUCCACUCCCUCAAUCGUUGACCCAACUCCCCUCUCAUCUUUUGUGAAUUCAAGUCUCCCAACGAAUAAUAACACGAUUAACAAUGGCAGUCUCCUUCAAUUGUUCCAAAAAUUGAUUCAGAAUCAGCAGAAUCAGAUGUUGCCGGGCAUGGGGAUAAAUGGGCUGGAUAAUGGGCAGGCUGAAGGGCCAAAUAACUUGUUGUUAAGUGAGUCGAAUUCAUUUUGAUGACUUUUUCAAGUAAUUGAAGACUUUAUUGGCCUAUUUAAUCCCCAAUUAUGUUUCAGAUAACAUCACAUCCCUCAUCCAACCCCGACCUUCUCGUCCCCGCCAGUCCACCCAAUCCAACCCUUCGCCCCUUUCAACGGCCUCGCUCGCUGAGGGUGUUAACGAAGCCCUGGCCGACCUCAACAAAUGUGCUGCCAAACUUACCUCCAUUUCUCAGGGAAUCGCCGAAAACGGCCUCGAAUAUUCAUUUGGACAUUAUGUGGCAUCGGAAUUGAUGAGAACCCCAGAACCGCGACGAUCGGACAUCCGGAGAGCGAUCUUGGCCUUACUUUCGGCUGAAAAUAAAACCAAAAAUGAGACGGAAGAGUUGAAUCACAACGUCAGCGACACUUCCACAACGUCUUGA